UACAACAAUCAUAACAGCCCUGAAAACGUAACGUUCACAGCUAUAUGUGUCACAGUUGCCUCAAAUAUGACGUCUGAAAAAGCUACUGCCCUGUUCAUUCUGCAAUGUCCUCUUCUCCAUUUCUUUCUAUAACGUCUCUCUCUCCCCUGAUCUGAAUUCUACUUUUUACUUUGCUCCAUUAUUUUCCUUCAGAUUGCCGAGAAUACCCAUCAAAGAAACUCCGAAAAAUCAUGUUAUCAGAAGUUAACGGCGUUGUUUGGAUGGAAGAUAGAGAUGGUGAAGAAACAGCUUCAUGGGCUCGAAACAACAACAAAGGAACUGUAGAGAACAAAGACGAAAUGGAUUCAAUCCCCACAUUCAAAUCCUUGCUUGACGUUGGAAGCGAAGAAUGGUACGUAACUAACAAUGACAUCCAAAACCACCAUGACAUCAGAGACAUCACCUUCUCACCAAACUUCGCUGAAGCUGAUAACAAUCUGCUGUUACAACCGGUGGACUCGUCCUCUUCUUGUUCACCAUCAUCAGCUUCAGUGUUCAACAAUCUCAAUCCAUCUCAGGUACAGUACUUUUUGCCUCCAAAGCCAACCAUCCCAUCAAACCUCACUGUAAUUCCUAACAACCCAUUAGAUACUAGUUUCGAUCUGGGUUGCGAAACUGGGUUUCUUGAGAAUACCCAAGCCUUGAGUGCUUUGAACAAUGGAGGUGGGGUUUUGAAUGGUUUCACCGAUUUAAGUUCACAAACCCUGAUGGGUACUCCCAACUUGACCUCAGAUCACCACUUCUCAAGUACCCAUUUGCUUCAAUUGACCGGAAACAACGUUACGGCCAGUUCCGGUUUCAAUUGGACGGGAAUUCGAGGUCUUGAAGAGGGUUCUGGUAAUUCUUUGUUUCUGAAUAGGUCUAACCUGUUGAAACCACUGGAGAAUUUUGAUUCCAUUAGCGCACAGCCCACUCUUUUUCAGAAAAGAGCGGCUCUGCGGAGGAAUUUGACCAAUAAUGGUGGCAAUUUGGGGGUUUUGGCUACUGAAGGUAGCAGGGAUUUUGGUAAUGAUGAAGGGUACAAUGGGAAGAGGGAAGUGGGUGAAGUGAUAGGAAAAAAAAGGAAGAACAGCAACUGGAAUGAUGUGGAAGAUGUGACCACUGAUGGGUCGGGUUUGAAUUAUGAUUCUGAUGAAUUUACAGAGAACGUCAAGGGGGAAGAGAGUAUCAAGAAUGGUAGCGUCACUGGUGGUGAUCAGAAAGGGAAGAAGAAGGGGCUUCCAGCUAAAAAUUUGAUGGCUGAAAGGCGCCGCCGGAAGAAGCUCAAUGAUAGGCUUUACAUGCUGAGGUCUAUUGUCCCAAAGAUAAGCAAGAUGGACAGGGCUUCGAUUCUUGGGGAUGCAAUUGAAUACUUGAAGGACCUUCUGCAGAAGAUUAAUGACCUCCACAACGAACUGGAGUCAACUCCUCCUAGUUCUUCAUUGACACCCACUACAACCUUCUAUCCUUUGACGCCCACCGCUCCAACCAUGCCCUGCCGUAUCAAAGAAGAACUUUGCCCGAUUUCCUUUCUGAGCCCAAAUGGACAACCUGCAAAGGUAGAAGUAAGGCUAAGAGAAGGAAGAGGUGUUAAAAUCCACAUGUUUUGUGGCCGCAGACCAGGUCUCUUGCUCUCAACUAUGAAGGCUCUGGAUAAUCUUGGGCUAGAUGUCCAACAAGCUGUUAUCAGCUCCUUCAAUGGAUUUGCAUUGGAUAUCUUUCGAGCUGAGCAUUGGAAGGAAGGUCAAGACGUCCAUCCUGAGCAAAUCAAAGCAGUACUCUUGGAAUCAGCUAGCUUCCAUGGCAUGGUGUAGAUCUCUUUCAGUCAAAUCCAAGCUGCAGCAAGAUUUUGUAGAAUCGGUUUUGUCUUUAUAAGUUUGUGCUCAUGCUUAGCUAGUGAUCGAUUCUGCCAAACCAAUCCAAGUCAUUAGCAGCUUAUAGAUUUUCUGUAGCUUAGUUUAUAUCUAUUCAAAUUGCUCUAUCAAUUGAGCAGAAACUUGAGAACCUAUUAACCUUUAGCUUUUUCUGCUUUGGAAUAAAUCAACUCCUUGGAUUGCCAUACA